AUGUCUUCGUCUAUCUUCUUCCGCUUCAAGUCCCAAAAGGACCCGUCGCAAAUCAACUUCGACGGCACCAGUCUGUCUGUAUUCGAGGUGAAGCGCGAGAUCAUGAGCCUCGCCCGACUCGGUGACGGCAAGGACUUCGACCUGGACAUCUAUGCCUCCGACACCAACGAGAGUGAGUUUUCAUGAUUUUCGCGACAUAAUACAGUUCUCAGCCGCUCCGUGGAGCUUGCUAGGAAUGACAUGUACGCUCGCAAUAAACAAUUACAGUGGCUAACAUGCACUACAGUCUACGACGAUGAUACCACACAGAUACCGCGGUCGACCACAGUCGUUGUCCAGCGAAUGCCUGCGCAGAGACCCGGUGCUGGUAGAGCCGCACGCUACGUCACUGGCCAGAUGCCGCUGCAUGCUAGGAACCGCAUCGAGAAGGCCAAGGCCUCGACUUCGAGUGCCGCCGUGGGGGAUGGGAAGGCGUUGACGGAGGAGGAGAAGCUACAAGCUGUAUUGAAUGCUAGCAAUAAUCAGAUGCAAGCAGACCUGAAAAACUCGUCUGGAAAGCCUGUAUUCAACAAGAGCUACAAGCCUGCCGCGGUGCCUGACAAGCCACUGCCGCCGGGCUACAUGUGUCAUCGCUGUGGCAAGGCCGGCCACUGGAUUCAAGCCUGUCCUACCAACAAUGAUCCGAACUUCGAUGGUAAGCACAAAUUCAAGCGCACUACCGGUAUUCCGAAGUCCUUCCACGUUGCCGUUGACGUGCAAGAUGCCAUUGGCGAGGAUGGUGUUGUCGACCCAACCAAGCUUGGCAAGGGCGUCAUGUACACUGGAGAUGGCACUUGGGUUCGCGCCAAGACGGACGAGGCCACCUGGCAGAAAAUCCAGGACCAGCAGAAGGCCAACGCCGAGAGAGCCAAGGAGGCCGCUCACGGUGAUCAGGAGCUUCGUGACCGUGGACUGGAAUGUCCUCUCGACAAGCGCCCAUUCGUCGACCCGGUUAAGACCACGUGCUGCGACACGAAGUAUUGUAAGGAGUGUCUCGAGAAUGCACUGAUCGACUCUGAUCUCCAAUGUCCGAACUGCAAUCAGCGGCAGCUGAUUGAUGAUUUGGAAAUUGACCAAGAGACCGUGAAGGCCCUCGACGACUUCAACGCGGAGAAGAAGGCCGAGAAGGCGAAGAAGGACAAAGAAGGAACCAAGACGCCCGAGCAAGCCAACACACCCAAGGCCGUUGCCGAGGAUGGCAAGUCACCAGCACCGGAUGCCAAGGUCAACUCGCCACCCUCUUCGAACUCGAAGAAGCGACCUGCUGAGGACGAGCUGGGAAACAACCGACAACCUGCCAAUCCAGCGGAAAUCAAGAAGACGGCUACCCCGGCAUCUCAAACCUCGCAAUCAAGCACCCCACAGCCCCCGACUGGCCCCAAGAUCCCAUCUGCGCCCAAGAGCAUGAGCGACUUUGUCAACCAGAUGAACUCGAUGGCCGGAUCUCAGAACGGCAUGAACGCCUUCGUCAACCCCAUGAUGGGGAUGCCCAUGGGGAUGCCGAUGAUGCCGGGCAUGAUGCCGGGCUUCAACCCGAUGAUGAUGGGCGGGAUGCCAUUUCCGGGCAUGAACAUGAACGGCAUGAACGGCGGCGGCAUGGGUAUGAACAACAACAACAAUAACAACAACAUGAUGAAUGGCGGUGGCAUGAAUUGGAACCAGAACCAGAACAAUCACCAGCAGCAGCAGCAGACUCCAUGGAUGCGCAACGGCACGCCACAACAGCAGAAUGGUGGAGGCGAUGGGGCCUACUUCCGACAGCCGGUGAAUCCGCAUCGGCACCAGGGCAAGCAGAAGAGACAGCGCAGCGUGGAUUACAAGCAGAUGUGA